AUGAAUGAUGAAUUGUGUUCAAAAUUUGUUCUUUUGAGGAAUUAUUUACCUGAUAAUUUGAGAGAAACUCCGUCAGGCUUUUUUAAUGAUUCUACAAGUCUCAAAAAUUACUGCGAUAAUGGAGAAUGUAAUACUGAAUUCGAUAAAAUUAAGGCUGGAUUUUUAUGGUUACUUGCACAAAAUUGUUCUAUAUCCCAAAAGGAAAACUAUAAUGAAAAUAAUUUUAAUUCAUUUUUUCUACAUAUUAUUUCAUGGUUAAGUUACAAAUUAAACCAAAAAUCAGAGUACUAUUUCACCACAAUAAACGAUUUCUAUACUAAACAUAUAAAUGAUAAUGAAAAGUAUACUAGUCUUAUAAAAAAUGGCAAUAAUUAUACAAAAUUUAAGGAAAUCAUAGAUAAAAGAAAGAAUUUUUUGGAAAUUAAUAUUUACGAUAUGGCUAAAUUUUAUGAUGCAUUCAAAUUUUUAUGUAGUAUGUAUGAUAAUGCUGAAACACAUGCAUAUGAAAAAAUGGUAGAUAAUGCUGUUCAUUUUGUUAACAAGUAUACAGAUCUUAACGAUUAUUAUAAUGUUGAAGGUACCACACAUAGUCAAAUAUUGUCUACUUUAUCAACUAAUUAUAAUAAUUUUAAAGCUCAAUAUUCUAGCAAAAUUACUAGUUCUAAACAAUUCCCAAAUCUUCCAACAGGAAGAGCAACAAAAUCAUUUUUACGAAAUUCAUCUAUAAAAAUUUCAGUAAUCCCAAUGGUAUUUAUUUUUUUUGGAUUACUUAUAUAUUUAGGAAUUGUGUAUAAGGCUUCAAAAACUCAAUUUAAGAAUCAAAAAAAUAAAGAGGAAAAUAAAUCAUUAAUAUGUGGUUCGAAGAGUAGUGACUAUUUCAGGAAUAGUAAUAAUGAUUGA